UAGCCGAGGCGGACCAGAGCGGUGCGCCUCUCCUCCCGUCAGUACGGUAUGUCAGCGCCGCAGUCCGUCACUCGUGUUUAUCCGCGCGCUGCGCUGCACCCCCGCGCGGCUCUCUGCUCGGGCUCGUUUGAGCUCAUCGUCGUGGGGACAGGUCUGUGUUUCCUCCUCCUCCGGGUACGGGGCUUCUGUGUUUGUCACAUCCGCGGUGCGCUUCAUUCUGAGGCCCAGAAUAAACAUCUGUGCGAUAGUGAACGGUGAACUCGUCUCUUUCCGCGGCGGCGUGUCCGACUUUAAAGGCACGUUGUGAUCAAUAGUUUGAUCCGUAAUCAUCUUUCGCCGGGCUGUUAUUCCUGCUGCGACUUCGGGCCCGUGAAGCACCUUUUAAAUCCGCAGCAUCUGACUUCAGCGCAUCCUUUUGCUUUGAGGUGUUAGAAGCAGGGCGGCGGGUCCCGGUUCGUGCCUAUAAUCAGGUCUUAAACGGAGCUGUUUGCCGAGUUGAACUGGGUUGAUGCCGGAUUUCGAGCACUUCAGAUUUUCCUACUCGAGCAUGAAUCCGGUCCUGGGGGAGAGCGGCUUCCAGCAUCAGCACCAGCAGCACCAUCAGAUGGCCGACGACUCCGCCUACCUGGAGCCCGGAUACUUCCUGGGGGACCACGGCGGGUUCGGGCCGGACGGGUUGUCCGGGCUGGACCUUGAAGCCCUCCCGCCGUCGGGCCUCACCUACAUGCAGCCGGGCAACCCCUCGCGCCGCGGCCCCCCCGCGGCCACGGCGCUGCGCAACGACCUGGGCUCCAACAUCAGCGUGCUGAAGACCCUCAACCUGCGCUUCCGCUGCUUCCUGGCCAAAGUGCACGAGCUGGAGCGCCGGAACAAAGUGCUGGAGAAGCAGCUGCAGCAGGCCGCGGAGGAGCAGGGGGGGGUCGGACGCCACAGGCCGCAGACCAAAGAGAUGGGGGUCCAGACUGGAUUUGUCGGGCCCAUUCCAGGCAGACCGGGCCACAUUCCGCUCCACAACGCCAACAACUCGGCGUACCUUCCCGGCGGCCUCCUCUCCCCGACCCUGAACCCCCCUCCUCUGUUUGACAACAAGUACCUGGGGGGCCGCCUCUACCCGGGCGCCACGGAUUCCAACUCCAACCUCACCACGCCCGGGUUCUCCAUCAGCCCGGCCCCGAGCCCCACCGACCCGUCCAGGGCCAUCUCCAACAUCAACGAGAAGUACGCCUCUCACGGCGGGACCAACGCCGGCAGGACGCCGCCCCCCGCCCCGCCGCGGUUCCUCCCCGGAUCCAUCUGGUCCUUCAACCACGCCCGCCGCUUCGGCGCCGGGAGGGAGUCGUGCGCCUCCCGGACUCCCCCGGGCGGGGUCGCGGUGCAGGUCGACACCAUCACGCCGGAGAUCCGGGCCCUGUACAACGUGCUGGCCAAGGUGAAGAGGGAGAGAGACGAGUACAAGCUCAGUCCACACAGGGAGAACAACAGGAAGUCUGACGUCGUCCUUCUGCUUGUUGACCUGCGUGAUCCUGCUGUGUGUGUCUGCAGAUGGGAGGAGGAGUACUCGGCCAGAAUGGACCUGCAGGAGAAGGUGGCUGAGCUGGAGGAGGACCUGCAGGAGAGCGAGGUGAGCCAGGACGAGCUGGCGCUGAGGGUGAAGCAGCUGAAGGCCGAACUCGUCCUCUUCAAGGGACUCGUCAGCAGCAACCUGUCGGACCUGGACAGUAAGAUCCAGGAGAAGGCCAUGAAGGUGGACAUGGACAUCUGCCGCCGCAUCGACAUCACCGCCCGGCUCUGUGACGUCGCCCAGCAGAGGAACUGCGAGGACAUGAUCCAGAUGUUCCAGCAGGCGGCCACGCCCCCUUUCGCCCCGGGCGGCCGGGCCAGGAGGCCGAGCGGCCAGUCGGCGAGGGCCGUGGACGGAGACGAGGCCAGCGCGUCCGAAAGCGAGGGGGGCGGGGCCAGAGACGAGGAGUCAUGCAGCACCUCGGCCAGUCAGAUCAACGAGCAGAUGCAGAGGAUGCUGAAUCAGCUGCGGGAGUGUGAGUUUGAGGAUGACUGUGACAGUUUGGCCUGGGAGGAAACUGAGGAGACUCUUUUACUGUGGGAGGACUUCCCUGGAUACCCUCUGGGAGUGGAGACGCAGGGAGAGCUGCAGCAGCAGGAGGAGUCCAUCGAGGAGGUGAUCAAAGACACAGAGUGCCUGUUCAAAUCCAGGGAGAAGGAGUACCAGGAGACCAUCGACCAGAUAGAGCUGGAUCUGGCGACGGCCAAGAGCGACAUGAACCGCCACCUGCACGAGUACAUGGAGAUGUGCUCCAUGAAGAGAGGCCUGGACGUCCAGAUGGAGACGUGCAGGAGGCUCAUCACUCGCAGCGCGACGGGUGAGAAACGUUAAUGCUUCCAAAUGAAGGAAACCACUGAAUGAACUCUGUGGAUGUCGCCUUCGCUGACGGCGGACGACUCCGACGGCGAGGAGAGGCAGAAGAAGAAAAAGAAGAAGAAGAAGAAACAACAACCGGCCGUCCCUGCUGAGACGGAGACGAGCCGCUCGCUCUGUGACGCCGCCGCCGCCGCCAUCCCCCCUCUGACCUGGAGGAAACCCUAACACACACACACACACGCACACGCACGCGCACACACACACACACACACACGCACACGCACGCACACACACGCGCGGUGCUCUGCUCGUCUUUGGUUCUCAGCAGACUUACGGUUGACAUUAUUUUAAAACCAGCAGACGUAAAAUCUUAUUGAGUAAAUUUUAUUUUUUAAAGUGACUAAUUCUGGCCUUAGUGCGCAGCUGCUGCCCUCGUGUGGCCGUCAGCUGUAACUGCACCUCAGCGGAGGUCAAAAUGAACAAAAAGGCGCUUUCAGAAACAUGCAGACGAGAGAGACGCGUUUGUUCUGCAGGCAGAAGCCGAUUAUUUGCACAUUUUUCGUAUUGAUGCCUUUCAGCUGCACAAAGAGUCAGUAACGCACGGAGAGAACGUUUUCACACCAACCGCUCGUCAACCGCUUGAUCCUCCCAGAAUGCUUGUUUUGCACGAAUAGAACUCCUAAAAGUGAAAUAGAACGAUAGUCUGGGAAACAACAAUCUAACACGCCUCCAGCUAUCAAAGCCCAGCUUGCCUUAAACUGACACACGUUAGUCUGUGGAGUCGCCACAUUGGGAAUAAAUACACCCUCUUGUCACAAUGUUCUCUCAACUUAACUAAAGAUCUAUGAAUGUACCUGCUAUCAAAAUGACUGCUAAUUUGAAGGUGAAGUCAAAUGAUUAUUUCCUGUUAACUGUUUAUUAGAAGGAGACAUCACCACUGAAAGUUCCUAAAUAAAUGCUGCUGAUCUAUUGUGACAGUGGCAUUGAAAUCGCUUUCUUUUAUAGACCAAAGGUGGGCUGUGAUGAUGAUUAUUCUCACUGAAUUCUGUAAUUAUUUUUCUAUGAAAUGGAAAAGGCAAUAAGAUGCAUGUUGGGCUUUUCAUGCUUUAAUAUUGCUGAUUCUUUUCUGUUCAUGACCGUUUAACUUAAAACUAAAAUCCACUUUUUAGGGGAAAAAAGUGGAUUUUAGUUUUGAGAACUUGAAGAGCUGCACAACUGAGGCGUAUUUUCGUCUCCAAAGUAAAAAAUGGACGGCAUCAAUCAGGAGCUGACCUCCACGUUAGCAUCAGUGCUAAUCCACGACGUCGUGGCCCGAGAGUCCCACGUUUCAAUCAAAUAUCAGAAGGGAUCUUGAGACCGUUGACAACAGACACUUUAGGGAAUUUUAUUUUUAUUUUACUAACAGUGACCUAUUUUAAGUAUGUACAGUUUGUAACUGCUAAAUAUUGUAUUUAAUGUACAUAAAACAGCUGUGUAUAAUCCUGUGAUGUCAAUUAAUUUAUACCUUUUUACCAUAAUUGCUGUUGCUAUUAAAUCAGAUCUCUUAGUGUGAGAAUAAAUCCGCCUCAGCGAUGAUCACGUGUACGUUAGUGAAUAAAAGUCUGCUCAACCUGCCACGUCCUCCACAGAAAUACUUCUUCAAUGAGCUGAACUCCUCCAGAUGUUUCCCAGUGCAGAACAAAGUCGCUUCGGGACACUGAACCCGCCGACUGAUCAGAGAGCAGAAAGUAAUCCAGCGUGUAAGGAAAUGAAAUCAUCGCUUCACGUGUAAAACAUCAACAGAAAAUAAAGUCAUGCAGUCUUCAUUUACUCAAAUAAAAACAAUUAAAAAGGUGAAA